CAGAGUCUGGCCUAUAUAAAGCGGACCAGAUAAACGACCGCCACUUCCUUCUCAACUCACUCGCCAACCAUGAGGACCUUCGCAGCUCUUGCGCUCUUGGCUCAGGUGUGCCACGUCACACUGGCUAUCGAAAUGGCACCGUAUUACCUGGUUAACUCGGCUGAGACGUACGAGGAGCGCGUGUACCCGGCGCAGAAGUGGGUCACCACAUCCCAUCUCUCCAUCUCUCACCACGAAGCCACGAGUGACGUCAUGUUCCGCAAGCUGUUCAACUACAUCGACGGACAGAAUGAUGCAGCCAUGAAGAUCGAUAUGACUUCCCCCGUGACCACGCUGGUCAUCCCCGGAGAAGGACCCAACUGCGAGAACAACUUCACCAUGAGCUUCUACGUCCCCGCCGCCCACCAAGACAACCCACCCACGCCCACCAACCCUGACGUGUACAUCGAAGAGCGACCGGAACUGCACGUGUUCUCCAGGAGGUUCCACGGGUUCGCCAGCGACGAGGACUGGAUCGUCAACGCCGCGCAGCUUCACGACGACCUGGUGGCAGCCGGCGAGGAGGGCGUCGACUUCCAGACCUACUACACCGUUGGCUACGACUCUCCCUUCGUUAUCAUCGGCCGAAACAAUGAAGUCUGGUUCAUGAAGAACGACAUGAAUUGAGACUUGUCUGAACUGGUUUAUAAUUUUAGCUUAUAUAUUAUUUAUUGAUUUAGGUACUAAUCGUGAACAAUAAAGAGUUUAGAUUAUUUUUUCGUUUUUCCUUAAGUUGUGACAACUUUUUUUUUUUUUUUUUUUGUGAACUGUGCGUGGGGCGACCGCAACAAUAAUUUUAAUAUGGCAUGCAAAGAUAAGCUGCUUUUGUCCUAACCCAAAAUAGCAACAUUUUACCAAUGACGCAAGAGAAAAGUUGCCUAAGCUGGAAAGACUCGUGGACUUUUAGAUCUGUGCUAAAGCCGCCUUCUGCGACGCAUUGGACUAAGGCAAAUGGUAUUAAAAAGAUAAUAGGUGGCCUCACAGCAUCUUGGCGAGGAAGCGUCGAUUACUAUACUCACUACCCCUUGGCUACGACUGUGCCUUUCUUACCUACAACUAACAAUAAAGCACACGCGAA